AUGUUACACAUAGGAAGAUUGAUGCAGCAAUAUUCAGUGGAAACAUAUAUUAAACUAGAGACAUCACGAUUGGAAUUUCACAAACAUAGGCAGCAACACUUGAGAACUGAAGUUUGUAAAGGACUGAUGGAUACUAUGAUUGGUGGUGAAACUUCUGCAUCAAACAUGGGAAAGCGAAUUAUUCUUCCAGCAAGUUUUAUAGGAGGUCCGAGAGAUAUGCGUCGAAGAUACAUGGAUGCUAUGUCACUUGUUCAACGGUAUGGAAAACCUGAUAUCUUCCUUACAAUGACGUGCAAUCCAUCUUGGCCAGAGAUUAAAAAACAUUUAGCAGAUGAAGAUGAAAUCCAAAAUAGACCAGAUUUGGUUUCUCGAGUAUUCCGAGCCAAAAUUGAGCAAUUAAAGGAUGAUUUGUUCAAGAAGAAUCUAUUUGGUGAAGUUGCAGCUUAUACUUAUGUGAUUGAAUUUCAGAAACGAGGAUUACCAUAUGCUCAUUUUCUAAUUAUCCUCAAACAAAGAUCGAAGAUGUUUUCUCCUGAAGCAUAUGAUAGGAUUGUUUCUGCAGAGCUACUAGAUCCAAAAGAGUCACCUUAUUUACAUUCAUUGGUGCUAAAACAUAUUGGUCAUGGACCAUGUGGUGUUCUAAAUCCCAAUUGUCCAUGUAUGCGUCAAAAUCGUAAGUGCAGAAAUAACUAUCCAAAAAAUUUUUCUGCAUACACUAAACAUGGAAGAAACUCUUAUCCUACUUACAAAAGACGUAAUGAUGGAAGAAGUGUUGUUAUCAGAAAUCACACACUUGAUAAUCGAUGGAUUGUUCCAUACAAUCCAUAUCUCCUUGCAAAAUUUGAUUGCCACAUCAAUGUAGAGAUAUGCUCUGGUAUUGAAGCAGUGAAGUACAUUUACAAGUAUAUUUACAAAGGACACGACAAAGUUAUGUAUCAGAUCACUUCUCAACAAACUGAAAAUAUCAUUGAUGAGAUUCGCAAUUUCCAAUCUGCUAGAUGGAUUUGUGGUCCUGAAGCCAUGUGGAGGAUAUUUGCAUUCGAUUUAACCAAUAUUCAUCCAUCAGUAAUGACAAUGCACUUGCAUUUACAAAAUCAUCAGUCGAUAUCAUUUGCUGAGAAUCAAACAUUGGACGAUGUUCUUGCUAAUGAGAGAAAUUCAAGGACAAUGUUAACAGAAUUCUUCUCUAUGAAUCGAACAAAUAAGAGAGCACAGGAUCUGAAUUGUCUCUACAAAGAAUUUCUCAAAUAUUUCACUUGGAAUGAAGGUGAUCGAAUAUGGAUGGACAGAAAAUAUGGAGAAGUCAUUGGCCGUGUUAACACAGCUCACCCCAUUGAAGGAGAAAGAUACUACCUCAGAAUGUUACUCAUGCACGUAAGAAAACCAACUUCCUUUGAUGACUUAAAAUCUGUUGAUGGUUAUAUAUCAUCAACAUACAAAGAGGCAGCAGAAGUUCAUGGACUGCUUCAAGUAAACAAUGGUUUUGAUGAAUGCUUAUCUGAGACACUUGUGUACAAUAUGCCAAGUUCAUUAAGACAGCUUUUUGCUGUGUUGCUUGUGCAUUCUCCACCAACAAAUCCAGGAGCUCUUUGGUUGAAGUAUAGAAAUCAUCUAUCAGAAGACAUUCAAAAGAAUUUGGCAUUAUCAAAGGAACAAGUACAAAUUCAAGUGCUCAGACUCAUUGAUCAAUAUAUGCAAAUUAUGGGAAAAAAUAUAGAUGACUACAACUUGACAGACAUUCCUUAUCGUCUCUUGUGCUCAGAUGGCUGCACUAAAGAUAUUGAAACUGAAUACCAAAUACCUGUUUUCGAUGAGAUUUGGGUUCAAAUAAUCGAAAAGCUGAAUAGAAAUAUCCCUGGUAUUUUUUUUAUUGAUGGUCCUGGUGGAACUGGCAAAUCAUUCUUAUAUAAAGCAUUACUUGCAACUGUGAGAUCAAGGGGUCGUAUUGCACUAGCAACAGUGACUUCUGGUGCUGCAGCAUCAUUGUUACCUGGAGGACGGACGGCGCACACUUGCUUCAAGAUUCCACUGCAUCAAGACAAUAGCCAAACCUGUAAUAUCUCAAAGCAAAGUAGCAUCGGUAAGCUUCUAAAACUUGCAAAGUUAAUUAUAUGGGAUGAAGCAGCAAUGGCUAAGAAAUAUGCAAUUGAAUCGUUUGAUACGAUGCUUCGUGAUAUUCUGGAUUCUGAUGUUAUAUUCGGUGGCAAAACUAUUGUCUUUGGUGGUCAUUUUCGACAAACUCUCCCUGAUUUUCAAAAAGGUCAGAAAGAAGAUUACAUAUCUGCAUCACUGAUCAAUUCUUAUAUUUGGCCUUAUCUAGAAAAAAUAUAG